AUGCUCGCUACCGACUCAGCCCAGGCGCGCCUGCUUCUGCUGGGCCUGGCCCCGGUUGCAGAUGCGCUCUACCCGGUGUUCAGCACCAAGACCCCGGCCAUGAUCACCACGAAUCAGCCGACAAUCUUGACGCUAACCUGGUACAGCAGCCCCCCACCAAACAUCCAGUAUAUUCCGUCCACGGUCGAUUUAUCGUCUGCCUACAACGGCACCUUUGUCUACAGCAUCAGCAUCUCCCAACCCGAGGUCAUCCAAAACAUCGGCGUUUACUCGUACCCAACGGUACUGGAGCCGUCAAUUACCCUGCCUCAUGUCAACAACCUGACAGACACCCUGACGCUCGGGAUAUGUCUCAUCGACAGCUCCAAUGUCUACACCGAGUGCAUCACUCCGCCCACCGUGAACAUCACGAUCCCAGGAAACGCCAGUGUCAUUACCCCGUCGCCUCUGGCCAGCACCAAUACCCCGACUGCCAGCUCAACUCUGGCUUUAAACUCAACCCAGAGCCCUGCAUCCAGCAGCGAUAGCCCAUCGGAUACAUCCCUGCCGUCUCCGAGCAACUUACCGUCGCCCGAUGCAACUCCGCCAGUCAACCUAACGCCCAUCAUGUGGGUUAUCAUCGGGGCAGUGCUUCUCCUCUGUUUAACAAUCUGCGUCGUCGGCUAUGCGAUCUUUGGACACAGAAAGCAGAUCAAGGUGGCCCAGCCGACCAUUGCCGAGCCCGCCGCAAACCUCGAUACCCCCAGUGGAAGUCCCAACACUGCCAGCAGCGAAAAGGCCCUGUACAGCCUGGGCUUCAACAACACCGAAUCAAACCCUUUGCCCGAAUAUACCCCGGCGCUCAACAGCGAAUGCGACUUUGUCCAGCCAGAACGGGCGGCCCUAGGCCGGAGCAGAACCGGAUCGACAUCGACGGGUCAGUUCGACCAAAUGUAUCGAGUCAAGACCCCUCGAAAGCGGCAGAACGAGGAUGAACUCAACUUGGAAGCCGGGGACCUUUUGGUUGUCACAGAGAUCUUUGAGGAUGGCUGGGCGAUCGCACGCAACCAGAACGGGGACAUGGGCGCUGUGCCUCUCAAUUUUCUGGAAGCUGGCCACAUAUAG